CGGUCAUUUGGUAUCCGAACACCCACUAAACUCACUAAAGAGAGGAUGGCAAAGAGACUAAUAUGAAAAGCACAAUACUGGAAUAUACUUACUUUACAAGCGUGUGUUGUAUUAAUCUUGUCACAAGGUGAAGUCAUGAAAUCAUCAUCCUCUCGUCUUAGUUUCUCUUCCAAGGAACCCAUAUGGAACCGGAUGCCAGAUCAAAUAUCGGUGUCGGAGUUUCUGUCGGAAACAACAGAGGAUUACAACUCUCCCACUACAUCCAGCUUCACCACCCGCCUGCAGAGCUGCAGGAAUACAGUCAGUGUGUUGGAGGAGGCUUUGGAUCAGGACAGAAAUUCAUUGCAGAAAGUCAAGAAGUCAGUCAAAGCCAUUUAUAACUCUGGUCAAGAUCAUAUUCAGAAUGAAGAGACAUACACCCAGGCUUUGGAUAAGUUUGGCAGUAACUUCAUCAGUUGGGAUAAUCCAGAUCUGGGCACAGCCUUCGUUAAAUUCUCCACUCUUACUAAAGAGCUCUCCACCCUCCUCAAGAACCUGCUUCAGAAUCUGAGUCAUAAUGUGAUCUUCACACUGGACUCGCUGUUGAAAGGCGACCUGAAAGGCGUAAAGGGGGACCUGAAAAAACCCUUUGACAAGGCAUGGAAGGACUAUGAAACCAAGUUUACAAAGAUCGAGAAGGAAAAACGUGAGCACGCCAAGCAGCAUGGGAUGAUCCGAACCGAGAUCACUGGUGCUGAGAUCGCUGAAGAGAUGGAGAAAGAACGGAGGCUUUUCCAACUACAGAUGUGUGAGUACCUAAUCAAAGUGAAUGAAAUAAAGACCAAAAAAGGGGUAGACCUCCUUCAGAACUUGAUCAAGUAUUACCACGCCCAGUGCAACUUUUUCCAAGACGGCUUGAAGACGGCAGAUAAACUAAAGCAGUACAUAGAGAAAUUAGCAGCUGAUCUUUACAAUAUAAAACAAACACAAGAUGAAGAGAAAAAGCAGCUCACAGCAUUAAGGGAUCUCAUUAAAUCUUCUCUACAGCUGGAACAAAAGGAGGUAGGUGCAGAAUGUGGUGUGCCUCAGGGCUCAUCUAGAAGAGACUCUCAGAGCAAACAGGGUGGCUACAGUAUGCACCAGUUGCAGGGAAACAAAGAGUUUGGCAGUGAGAAGAAAGGCUAUCUGCUGAAGAAGAGUGAUGGAUUGAGGAAGGUGUGGCAGAGGAGGAAGUGUUCAGUUAAAGGAGGAAUUCUUACCAUCUCUCAUGCCACUUCAAACAGGCAGCCUGUCAAACUCAACCUGCUCACAUGUCAGGUCAAGCCCAGCACUGAGGACAGGAAGUGCUUCGAUCUCAUUUCCCAUAACCGCACAUAUCACUUCCAGGCCGAAGAUGAGCAGGAGUUUAUGAUAUGGAUCUCAGUGUUAACUAACAGUAAGGAGGAGGCACUUAACAUGGCCUUCAGAGGAGAGCAGGGGGGAGGAGAUGAUGGGAUGGAAGAUCUCACUAAAGCCAUAAUAGAUGAUGUGCUGCGCAUGCCCGGAAAUGAAGUGUGCUGUGAUUGUGGAGCUCCAGAUCCCAAAUGGUUGUCGACCAACCUUGGAAUCCUGACUUGCAUCGAAUGCUCAGGCAUUCACCGAGAGAUGGGCGUCCACAUCUCACGCAUCCAGUCUAUAGAGCUCGACAAACUGGGAACCUCUGAACUCUUGCUGGCCAAGAAUGUGGGAAACAGUAGUUUUAAUGAAAUAAUGGAGGGAAAUCUUCCUUGCCCCUCUCCUAAACCCAAUCCUGCUAGUGACAUGACUGUUCGUAAGGAAUUUAUCAAUGCUAAGUAUGUAGAUCAUAAGUUCGCAAGAAAAACCUGCAGCUCGGCAGCAGCCAAGAUGAGUGAGCUAUUUGAAGCCGUCAGGUCACAUGACCUACUAGCUCUCAUCCAGGUGUAUGCUGAGGGGGUAGAGCUUAUGGAACCACUACCUGAAGGAGGACAGGAAGGAGGAGAGACUGCAUUGCACUACGCUGUGAAGACAGCUGACCACACCUCACUGCACCUGGUCGACUUCCUUGUCCAGAACAGUGGGAAUCUGGAUAAACAGACGGAGAGGGGAAACACAGCCCUGCACUACUGUUGCCUGUAUGAGAAACACGAAUGCCUCAAAUUACUGCUGAGAGGCAAACCAGCUACUGAUAUCACCAAUCAGAACGGAGAAACAGCUCUGGAUGUGGCCAGGCGGAUGAAAAUCACCCAGUGUGAGGAAGCGCUGGUACAAGCCGCUGCAGGAAAAUUUAAUCUUAAAGUCCAUGUGGAAUAUGAAUGGAAUCUCAGAUUGGAGGAGCUUGAUGAGAGUGACGAUGAUCUGGAUGACAAACCCAGUCCCAUUAAGAAAGAUCGUUCUCCCCGGCCGCAGAGUUUCUGUCACUCUUACAGUCUGUCUCCUCAUGACAAGCUCUAUAUUCCUGGUUUCACUGGCCAGCGUGAUAAACAGCGCCUGUCAUAUACUGCACUCUCCAAUCAGAUGCACAGUGUUUCCACCGACUGUCCGUCCUCUCCAGUCUCAGAUGCCCCACCUCUGCCUCCUAGGAAUACAGGCAAAGCCCCUCCCUUGUUGAACCUGCCCCCCUCCACCCCUGCCACACAAACCCCCGCUAGUGGCAGCUCCACCCUGUCAAAGAAGAGGCCCCCGCCCCCUCCCCCUGGACACAAACGCACGCUAUCCGACCCCCCCACCCCUAUCUCCCACACCCCGCUCAGUAAAGGAAGUGAUUCAACACCACCUCCUGUCAACAAGAUGUCUCCUGCAACUAACAGAUUUGAGGGUAUCCCCCAACAGCAAAGUUUCAACACCACUAAGCCCACACUUGGUCCACGGGUCCUUCCCAAACUACCUCAGAAGGUUGCCCUGCGUAAGAUAGACACCAUCCAUCACCCAUCUAUGGACAAAACCAACCAGCCUCCUGAACCAGUCCUGUUCCAGAAGGUUCUGCAGAGUUCAGACACCCCACAGAAAGUUGUGUUAGCCGAUAGACCUCAACCUGGAGAUAUACCUCCUAAACCACAGCCUUCAGAAUUACCCCCUAAACCAGGAGAACUGCCUCCAAAGCCACAGCUAUCUGACCUUCCCCCUAAACCCCAGUUGGGUGAUUUACCCCCUAAACCUCAGCUGAAAGAUCUUCCGCCCAAGCCUCAACUGACAGACAUCUCCCCACCCAAACCUAUAACCACUGAGGUCAUCCACAAGCCUCCACCUGGAGAUGUGGCUCCCAAGCCCCAACCACCAGAUCCUCCAACAAUCAACCCACCAGCUGAACUGUCUCCUCAACCUGUCCAGUCUAGCGAAGACACCAAUGGAAGCCCAGCGUCUGCACAGGGGACACCUGUACCAUUGCCCAGGAAAAUAAAUCCGAUAAAGAGUAAAAUGCGGAGGGUGAAGACUAUCUACGAUUGUCAGGCAGAUAAUGAUGAUGAGCUCACUUUUGUUGAGGGUGAGGUCAUUGUAGUAACUGGAGAAGAAGAUCAGGAGUGGUGGAUUGGACACAUCGAGGGGCAGCCGGACAGGAAAGGUGUAUUUCCUAUGUCUUUUGUUCAUAUCUUGUCUGAUUGACACAUAAAUGUCAGUCCUCCACCUCCACCAAUGGGACCCGCUUGACUUAGCUGCUGAAUCAAUAAUGCAAGUUUUAGUAAGAUGGAUCCACAAUGAAAAACACAUUAUAACCUUUCCGUCAUAAAAGACAGGGUGUAAAUAAAAUGUCUAAAUUUACCGCUGUUACCCAUACCAUUUUAUACAGCCUACCGCACAGUGGCUAGACUGCACCCACUUAAAAGACCAGCACUUUCCCUCCACUAUUACUGAUACUGUAUCUCUGUAUAUAAGAUUGUACAUAAAUGUUUGUGUGUUUCACACAA